AUUCGAAAUAUUGGCACCAUAAGCUUCACUAGGCGUAGAGAUAAAGAAGAACAGAAAUGAUCAUCCGAAGCCUCUCACUAUCAAAGCUCAAAAAAAUCCUCCAACUUUCUCCCCCCACCUAUACAUACACAAAACUUGUAUCUAACUCUCUCCCUUCAAUCUCUGACGUCCAAACGGCAAAACCCUAUUUCCAAAACGCUACCAAAGCCCUUCCACCACCAUCGCCAUUCAUUUUCAGACCUUUCUCUUCACAACCACCCAAAACCUCGUCUUUACCUUCACAGAUAACAAGAGAUGGAAAUUACGAUGAAACUAUCCUCCUCAUUUGCCCUGGCUGUGGUGUACCUAUGCAAGAUUCUGACCCCAAACAACCUGGCUUCUUCAUCAAACCCUCACCCAAAAACCCGAAUUACAAAUCCACCAUUAACAAAAACCCAGUUUUGGAUGAAUCUGAAAUCUCAGAUUCGUUUAAGAAAGGCUUACUUAAUGAGCUCAUUGAGCCAGAAAACGGUGACAAUCUUGAAAACCCAAAUCCAAGGUUGUCUGAAAAACUUAUUGUUUGUGCUAGAUGCUAUUCACUCCGACAUCAUGGGAAGGUAAAAGAUCCAACAGUGGAGAAUUUGUUGCCGGCAUUUGAUUUUGAUUAUACAGUUGGAAGGAGGUUGAAUUCAAUAACCCGGGCGAGGACGGUGGUUUUGAUGGUUGUUGAUGCUUCAGACUUUGAUGGGUCUUUCCCAAGGGUGGUUGCCAGGUUGGUUUCUAAGACAAUUGAUGACAAUUUGCGAGGGUGGAAGGAGGGAAAAUCGGGUAAUGUCCCAAGAAUAGUGUUGGUUGUAACAAAGAUUGACUUACUACCAAGCUCAUUGUCACCUACUAGGUUGGAACAUUGGGUUAGAACGAGGGCGAGGGAGGGUGGGGCAAGUAAAUUGACUAGUGUGCAUUUGGUGAGUGCAGUGAGAGAUUGGGGUCUGAAGAAUUUGGUUGAUGAUGUGGUGGGAUUGGCAGGGCCGAGAGGGCAUGUAUGGGUGGUUGGGGUGCAGAAUGCAGGGAAGAGUACUUUAAUAAAUGCAAUAGGGAAGUCUGUUGGGGGGAAGGUUACUCAUUUGACUGAGGCACCGGUUCCUGGGACAACGUUGGGAAUUGUGAGGGUGGAGGGGGUUCUUCCGGGUAAUGCAAAGUUGUUUGAUACACCGGGGCUUUUGCAUCCACAUCAGAUUUCAACUAGGUUGGUUAGAGAGGAGCAGAAAUUAGUUCACAUAGGCCAUGAGUUGAAAGCGAGGACAUAUAGGAUCAAGGUAGGUCAUUCAGUUCAUAUUGGUGGGCUUAUGAGGGUGGAUAUCGAAGAAUCAUCGGUGGAUUCUAUUUAUGUUACUGUGUGGGCGUCUCUUUCUCUCCCGUUACACAUGGGGAAGACAGAGAAUGCAUGCACAAUGUUGGAAGAUCAUUUUGGUCGCCAACUACAGGUAUAA